GCGAAGUCCGGUUUGAAUCACAAAAGAGUAUGAAACAUUUCCUGUUUGUUUCCCCCUCAGUUAAAUACACGUUAUUUAAACGUGUUGUUUAAAAAAAAAAAAAAAAAAUGUCCUCCGCCGACCGAGUGGACGUUUUACGAGAGCGUAACAAAGAUUUAUUGAACCGGUUGAAGCAGCAGCGAGAGAAACUGGAGCUGCUCAGCGUCUGCAGGGAGAGCCGCAAGAGGGAGAGAGAGGACGAGGCUGAGGAGAGCAGAGAGCCGGCAGAGACCCGGACCGACGGGCACCGAGGCCCUGCCCGGGCCCUGGCCAGACCCACAGUCAGGUUUGCGGAUACAUGUGAGGGACCUACAGACAUCUGCAGCACGAUUUCAUCACCGUCUUUGACCUCCAAAUACAGAAGAGGGACUGCUGAAUAUACAGAACCAUCCCACCUCUUCAAAGACAGCAACAGACUUCCUCUUGUCCACAGCGGGCUGCGGCAUAUGAACCAGACCACAACCAAGUCCUGUCUAGUAAAUCACAGCAAAGAACAGAGGGAGGUACGGAGUCAUCUCACAUUUCAGUCCGAUGAAUCAGAAGAGAUAUCUGCCUCAGACAGGCAUCGGUUGCAGCCAUUACUCGGGUAUGACUGGAUAGCAGGUGUCCUGGAUGCUGAGGACUCAUUGAUAGAGCACUCUGACGAGUUCUUCAAUGACCUGCAUACAUUUCGAACGCUCAAUAAAGACGAGUGUGUCCACAGCCCACAAGCAGAAUUUCCUGAGGAGAACCAAUCAGUCCCAUCACUGCUCACUGACAAGAACCGUCCAGAGGCUAACACAGAUACUCAUCAAUGUACGUUUUCUUACAGGAUUAACAGCAGACUGUUCCCCGUCCCACUUCACUCUCAGGAGUGCUGCCCCGUGUGCAAACAGCACAAAUCCUCCCAGCCUCACACUACUGCUGAACCGGCUCUAAUCAGGGUCAGCAUCCCUCGCUCCACCCUCUUGCCACCCUACAAGUACAAAGCUCAUCGGCGAUGCAGUUUUGACCCUUCUGAUAGUUUGGGGUUACCAUCGCACUGUCUCUCAGGCUGGUCGAACACAGGUCAGAGCACGCUGCCGCCACCCAGCAGCCUCGAUCUGCGGAGCAGUCUGAAUAUGAAGAGCUCCACCUGGUUGGAGAACAAGGAACUGGAGGAUCUCUCUUCACCCAAAGUGUCGGGUAAAAUCUCUGCCCAGACCUCAGAUGUGUCCUGUUUGGCUCGUCACAACUUCCAACACUUCUCCUCCAAAAGAAAGCUAGGAAGCAUGUUUUACCCUUUGCACUGACAAGCAAUCAACAUUCUAUUUUGUGGUGAUAAAAGAGGUUCCUGAGACAUUUGACACCACCCAAAAUGAUUUCCUUUCUCGUGCUCAUGUUUUAAGUCUCUGUAUUGUGGGGUUUUUUGACGAUGUUUUAUGUCAAUAAUGGUUUCUGUCAUAACCUAGUUAAACUGUGUAUGCUAAAAUUAGUUUUUCAAAAUGAAAAAAACAAACAGUGAUCUCAAAAGGUAAUGGGUUGACAUUUGUGCCUAGUCUUAAAUAGAUUCAUUUGAAACAUGAGAUCAUUUGUUUUCAAGAAUUGAAUUAGUUAUAGGAUGAAAUGCUACAUUUUAGGAUGUUUUCUGUCUAUUUACUUAUACAUAAUGUAAUUAAUUACAUGGCAGCUUAAUUAAAUGGCAAUAACUGGGCACAAGACAGCGUAGCAUAUUUCAUGUUUGAAGGAGUUGCAUUUCAUUUGUC